AUGCCUUCCCGAUCAUUCAAACCAAAGCCCAAAGAGGCCGUCAAAGACCAGAUCCCCACACCCUUCGUCAAAGCUCCAUCGUCUCUCGCUCCCUUCCUCGAACGCCUCGACCCCAAACUCGUCCACAUCACACAUAUUGACCGCACGAAAGCUGCCGUCAAGAAGAAUAUUUUUCUCAUACCCGUUCUUCUCAACACGACCAUCGCCGCUCUACUGCUCUGGCGCCUCUAUCAUGCUCUCCCCAAAUACUUUAUUCUCGCUAAGACGAUUCUCGGAUAUGCCACUUCGGCGACAGUGGACAAGACGAGCACGACGAGGAAAGAGCAGAUAUGGAUACUGAUGAAAAGGACGCUCAUGAUGGCUUUGGACUUUUUGUUGUUUCGCUUCGUGGGUCCUUGGCCGUUGACGUUCUUCUUCGAGCAACCUGCCAAUCCGUGUUCGUAUCGUUGGGGCUUGGAAGGGCAUUUUAGGGAGAAGGAGGUCGUGGUUCGGGUGAGUAGAAACUGGAGCGCAGAAGAUCUGAUGCAGGGCGUUAAGCAAGGAGAGGAGAAUGCAUUCUUCAAGACACGGGUUUUGCCUGCUAUCAAUCCAGAGGAGAUGAGGAAGACGGGAUACUUGAUGAUGAAUGAGAGUUGGGAUUUGGAGUUUGAGCUCAUGUUGGACGCGCAUACGUUGAUUAAGCAGAAGAUGCUGAGGGAGGAAGACGUGGACAAGAUGGUCUUUGUGUACAUGGAGGGGAACGGAUGGGUCAUGUGGAAGUGGGAGGGAGAAGAUGUGAUCGAGGGGCGGAGAAAGAAGGUGGUCAUGUUCAAAGAGGUGUUGACGAAGCUUGGAAAGGAAUCCCUGUUCUGGAGAUGGACAGAGAUUGUAGAGGAAGAACGAGAUGCUGAUGGAGGGUUCACGGCGAAGAGACAAGAGAGGGUUGUCGAGAGGGUCAAAAGCGAGUUUGAGAAGGAGGGGGUAGACUUUGAAGAGAUUGUGAAAGGUAUCGGUGGUCUGGAUGAGGUGCCUGCUGGUCCUGCAAAGUAAGAUUUGCUGGCAUGCUUUCAACCUCGAAACCCCAAGUGCCUUCGCGUCGAGUGUAUGGAGUGAUGGUGCAAAUCGGCCUGAUGUAUGGCACAGUGCCGCCCGUGGCCAGCUAAGCUCACCAACAUCCUCUUAUACCGCCCAUGACAUACUCACCGGUCCGACCCAGCGCACUGAAAAGUUCCGACUACAGACUUUGAUUCCCUUCCUGGCUGUUGAAAACAUGCCAAUGCAGGGAACAACGGAGAAGUGGAGAGACCAGAAAGGAUCGUCUCAGGUCUGCGCUUGUUUGCUCCUCCCACCAGUCCGAGUCUUAGAUGUACAUCGCGUUGCUCUUGGUCAUCGAUCCGUUCUGAACUCUGUAAGAGUGGGAAUGAAUCAUCGUUCUCGCGGACGUACACCUGCUCGAAUGUGGCUGCUGUUGUCUAGUCCAUCCGUUGCGCAACGGUUCUGAGGAAAUGCAC